AGCAAUUAGAUAGCAGGAAUAGACAAGAUUUGUCUCGCUUUGAUUUCAUAGGCAAGCCUUUUCACGAUGGCAGUUAUGUUAGUAAGAACAGCAAAUCUGUUAAUUAUAAAUCAAAGACAUAAGCGUGUUGAUAGUUCAUGCGGACUAAUGUAGACUUGUAUAACCACCUGCGGGUAAAAUGACAUUUUUUGCAUUCGCCUGUGGUAUAUUUUCAUUGGUGCAUCUACGUGUGCGCCGUUAUCGCGCAUUGCCAAGGUUUAUGCGAUGCCAUCGGCACUGAACUAAAUUACUAUUUGCAGGACUUGUUACGCUACUUCGGCACUAAAGUGCUUUAGCUAGUUUUAGCCUAAGGUUAUCAUUGAAAUAACAUGUGGAGUAGGCAGACAACAAUAAAAUAUGUAAUAUUAUCAAUGAUAAUAGCAAGUUUCGUUACAAUUUAUCUACAAUGGAUUUCGUCAAUGAAUAUUAUCCACAGUGGAUUUGCUGUUUCGGCUACGUUGGGAAACGAGGCUAUUUCUGAAAACAACAGCACACAAAAUGCGUCGAUCCAAUCUACAAUUAGGCAGAAAAGCGGGCAGGAAAGCGAUCGAAUUAAUAAGUAUGACUUGAAAAAGGUAUUGCGAGUCCUGAACUCUUCAGUGCUUAUGAAGGACGGUGAGGAACUUCGGCCACUGACAAACUAUAUUUUGCAACCCAGUAACUUAAUUUCUGGUAUUAAAAAUACUACAACUGAAAAAUAUCGGUGGUCGGCAAUCAAUGUCGUGAAGUCUGCGGUUAGAAAUAAAUACAGAAGAAUGGCAGUUCGUGAUACUUGGGGGGAAAUUGAGGAAUUGAAUGGAACUCGAAUCAAAACAGUAUUUAUUCUUGGAACAACAAAAAAUCAGACUGUACAAUCGUAUAUUGUCAAAGAGAGUGAAAAAUAUGGGGAUAUACUGCAGAUCGACAUCCCGGAUGAUUAUGAGCACGUUCCGGAUAAAGUCUUAGCUGGAAUGCAGUGGGUAUCCGAGUCACUUCCGGGACAUUGGAUUUAUUCGUCGGCUGAUGAUGAUAUCGCACUGCAUGUACAUAAUUUCGUUGGAUUCAUCUACGACACAAUGAAAAACAAUACCAAUGAGACUACUGACAAUCUUCAACCCCAAAAACUUCCAAUAAUUUGCAUUUAUAGCUUUAAUCGCAAGGAUAAACCAGCGAGAGAUAAGGAAAGUAAAUGGUACAUGCCAAAGGAAACGUAUCCUCCAUCGACGUGGCCGCCUUAUUGCCGAGGAGGAUGGUACACAAUGCCAGUAGACACGGCUAAAAAACUUCACUCCGUUUCUCGGAGAGCACGUUCACUGUAUCUGGACGAUGUAUGGAUAACUGGGAUUUUGAGAAUCAAAAUGCUCAUUGUAUAUUCGAACUUAGAAGAAAAAUCCUUAAUAGAUGCUGGAAUUACCGAUGCUCCUCUAGCACUUCGCAAUAAUGCGGAUUUAAUUUAUGGCAAAGGCGAAGAUAAUCUUGACAAAGUACUCGUCAGUCAUGUAUGGGGAAAUAUAAAAAAAAAACAAGUAAAUGUAGCUAAUAGACUUAGAAAUAUAUGGAUCGCUUGGACCAAAAAACAGCCAUUAUUACUGGUAAAGAACCCGAAAACUCAGAACAUUAAAAUUGACAAUCAGAAAGGAGACGAGUAGAUUGCAAGUCUUUAGAUUCGAAAAUUUAUUGUUUUCAAUGGUGUUGAAGCCGGACGCAAAAUUUUGAUUUUGCCGUAGUCGGGAUUUCAACAUUUUGCUGGUCACAAUUGAAGUUCAAAUUUUGACAGAACUCCAAAAGGCUUCAAAUGUACUGAGCAUUUUCAACAGACAAACAAACUUGCAUUCCUCAAAGUUUUUGCUUUGAUUUUUUUGGGGUCGGAGUCAAAAUUUUUUCAAUCGCGCGAGAGCUUGAACCUCUUUUUGCGUGACUUGGAGUCGGUAAAUUUUACCCGAUUCCACAACAUGCGGAAUAGGAUACCACACUUCUCUCAGGAAAAGGUUUCAAAGACGUCUAGAGUUCAGAGAUUUCAGUGUGAAAUCGAAAUUGAUUCUUUUAGGAAAAAAUUCAAGUCGUAUGACUAAUAUUCUAAUUUUUGAUCAAAUUGGCCAAUUUUGAAGUGGAAUAUGCAUUAUUGUUUCGCUAUGCUUUUUGUAAAACUAUAGAAUCGGGUUGUUAGGUUUGAAAUAUAUUUAUUCAAAGCAAGGUGCCUUUGAUUAGAUAAUAAUAUUUAUAAAUAGUGGUGACGUAGUCACGCUUUUCAUUUCACUAUUUUAGAUAUAAUUGAGCAUCAUUCCACUGUCUAAUAAUUAGAUAUUUUAUGUUUAAUAGUUUUCAACUCUAUGCUCAGCGAGAGACUUUCUCCUUAAACUGUUUUUUAGUUCAUUUUGUUUCAGCGUUUAGCACCUUUUUUAUUGUACCUCUGGAAUAUUACCUUCUUUAUUAAUUUUCACUAAAAUUAUUCGUUAAUGUGAGAUAAAAAGGAAAAUAUAAAACAUUGAUAUGUUUUAUUAGACCAGCGGUUUUCAAUACAUCAUUCUGCCUAUUCGAAAUUCUUGAUGAGAACUUCUGAACGAAUACUCAGAGAUAUUUUUACGUCGCUAUGAAUAAACUGUUUCUUCCGUUUGUUA